AUGGGAACUGCCUUGAAGCCUGUAACCACCACCAAGUCAGACGUGGUGAUGGAUGAGUUUGCUGGGGAAACGAUUGACGAUCACAAGCCCAUCGAUGGCUUUAGCGAUGCCGAGAAGCAACUAGAAGACACAGGCUCCAUUCCAUGCGACUUCGUAUACAGCUCCAAGGAGAGUACUCGGAUCCGAUGGAAACUGGACCUGAUUCUUCUGCCUAUGAUGGCAUUUACUUACAUACUUAACUAUAUGGACAAGGUUGCCUUAUCUGAGGCCUCCAUAUUUGGCCUGCAGAAAGACUUAGGUCUUGUUGGACAACAAUACAGCUGGUCAUCCUCCAUCUUCUACCUUGGAUAUUUGGUAUGGCAGUAUCCCAGCUCGCUCUUAAUGCAGAAGCUUCCGAUUGGACGCUAUUUCGGUGUCAUGAUAUUUCUCUGGGGCCUCACAGCAAUCACAACGGCAUUCACUAAGGGGUUUGCGACACUUUCUAUCAACCGUGUCUUCCUCGGAAUUUUUGAAUCAUGCAUGUCCCCCAUUCUCACGAUUCUCGUAUCUCAAUAUUGGACUCGAGAUGAACAGCCGCUUCGUGCCUCCUUGUGGUGGUCGGCCAGUGCGGUCGGUGCCUUUAUUGCUGAUUCUAUUACCUACGGUGUUUCUGGAAAAGACCACUCUGGUUCCAAAUACGCCGUCUGGAAGAUUAUUUAUCUCGUCUUCGGGUCGGGAACACUGCUCUGGGGUAUCAUUAUCUUUUUCGCAGUGCCAUCAUCACCUAUGGAGGCGUGGUUCCUUAACAAAAGAGAGAGGAAGAUUGCUGCGGCUCAAGUCAUGAAGAACCAUACUAGCAUAAAGAAUACCGAGUAUAAAUGGCACCAAGUCCGAGAAUGCCUGAUUGACCCUCAGCCUUGGAUACUGGCAAUCCAUGCCUUUCUCCAAAGUCUACAGGGUGGAGGGCUAACAUCGUUUUCCAAGAUUGUUUUAACCGAGACCCUUGGUUACACUAGUCGCCAAGCCACUCUAAUGAGCAUGCCGUCCAAUACCAUCCAUCUUGUUUCGGUGGUCUUUGCGGGUUGGUUUUGUAGCCAUUACAAGAAUACAAGAUGCUACGUCAUGAUCGUCACGAACAGCAUCGUGUUAAUCGGUGCGGUAUUGAUCGCCAAUCUUCCUCGUUCCAAUCACAGCGGUCUCCUUGCGUCCUUUUACCUCAUUUACAUGAACACGGUCCCGUUUGGCUUGGGCAUGAGCAUGGUUUCGUCAAAUAUUGCAGGAUUUACCAAAAAGUCUACCGCAAGUGUUCUGAUGUUUCUUGGGUACUGUCUCGGUCAGUUCACUGGGCCUCAACUCUUCAUCGAGAAACAGGCUCCAAAGUUCCAGACAGCUUUUAGGGGCUUCUUUUCCUCCAUAUCUGUCAUGAUCCUUUUGGAGGUUGUACUGGUGUAUCAGAACCAUAGACGGGAUCGCCUUCAAGCAAAUACCAACGGCUCAAACGUUACCGAAAAUGAUUCGGAUCAGACGGAUUGGCAACAACCCUCAUUUAGGGAUGAGACGGAAGAUAUAAAAGCCCGCUCAAGACAUCGCAAAAAGAAAUCCAAUACUUCUACAAAUGCAACGACGCCCCAGCAGACAAAUCCUCUAUCAUUGAACCAACAGAAUGAAUCACACCAGCUGAGAGAGGAGUCGGAACUGCUGGAACUGCCAUCGCUCCCAGUCUUUGACAUGACUACAAUACCUUGGAUUGACGGGAUAUUUGACUCAAAUCUGGGCCAGCAGUGGGAUCCAACGGCAGACACGGCAGACACGGCAGACACGGCAGACAAAGCGAUGUUAUGGAACACUUCUGCCAACUCUGUAGUCGCUAACGAAUCCCCCGACCUAACCCGUGGCCUGUAUGCUAGUCAACUCUUUGCUGAGUUGAACACGCCUGGCUCAGACCAUCAAAGCCCAGGUUCCAAAUCACUCUCAACUAUCUCCGAUCACGUUUUAGCACAGCACUAUACUCAGAGUUUGACAUCAAAAUACAGCUCAAAGGAGCAGGGUUGGAACAAUCACACCUAUUUCUUCAAUCGCUUCAACUCGACCCAUUCAUUUGUAGUAUCUUCCUUAUACGCGUGGACAGCUGCCCACCUCUUCUGCAGCGGAAGAUUGCGAUGUGAAACCAGCGCGAUGGAGCAUUACAGCAAAAGUCUCGUGGGCAUCAGAGAUCAACUUGGAAUCCAUCUCUUGGCAGAAAACGAACCCGAAAUUGCUAGUCAGACCUUGCUCCAACUUCUGGCUCGAGAAGAUGACUUGGAUGCUGUUGCUGUGACUCUCUAUUUUCUGGCUUGGACUGACCUCCUCCUUUCGAGACAGGCAUCUUUGAGACGGAUGCUCAGCCUAGAAGCCACUUUACUGGAUCUCAGUGGUCAUGAUCAGUCACAUACCCUCUACGUCAGAAUGGCUCUAUGGUUCUGCUUUCUCGACGCACGCGCUGCGCUAUUUGGCCAAGGUAACGAUCGCAUUAUACAGUCCAUGGGAGACGACUCGGGCUUGAUGAGAGCCGUGGAAGCGUCAUAUGACUUUCUGCAGAAUGAAUACAGCCUCCUGUACCCUGAGGAAGAACGGCGGCGGGACGAGGCUCAUAAGCCCCUCUAUGUCGCAACAUGUCGCUUAGUAGCUCUUCUGGGAAAACUGUCUCGGACUAGCGGCGACACAACAGACGAGUGCCUUGUCAUGGCUUCCUUGCGCGAUAUUCAGCGAAAUAUCGAAAGCAUCAGCGAGGAAAAAGCUGCAGAAAAUAAAGUGUUUUCCACCUACCUAACAACAAGUGUGCUUUUUCAUGCAGUAGAAAUUUACGCAUCGAGAGUCUACCAGCCUAAUGAACCAAUGUACACAAAAAGCACCCACGGAGAAAAGAUCAUAACUAUUACCAGCGAAUUCUACCGGAGGAUGAAGCGGCCAAGAACGGAAGCGCCCCCGACUAAGAUAUGGCCGGUGCCUCUGAUCAUGGCCGCAAUUGAGGCAAAGGACUGGAUCUACAGAGACUGGGCGCUGCAACAGAUGAAGAGCUACUACAGUGCGGGGAAGCAUUUUGUGAAUGCGUGCACAUUUGUCGAAAAGGUACAUGCCGCCGAGGAGGCGACGGGACGUCGUUGUAAUCUUCAUCAGAUCGCCGAGGAUAUGGGCGAUGAUUUUGUGAUAUGA